GUACGGAGCACAGGCCGCUCCGCGGGAGAAUGUCUGCCACCAGCGUGGAUCAGCACACAUCAUCUGGCACUGUAUAAGCAUCUGCUGGUGUGAAUGAGCCCUAAAGCCCAUCCUGAAGACCCACCAGCAGUGCAUGUUUGAAGAUCUAUUCACUGUCCAUGUGUUGAACCAAAUUAGGAUUGACAGCGCCCUUCAAGGAUAGGCAGAACUUCUUAUGGAUAAGAGACCUAAAGGACAGGGAAACAAAGUUGCAGUGCAGAACGGUUCAAUGCAUCAGAAAGAUGCAGUAAACGAUGACGACUUUGAGCCAUAUCUAACUAGCCAGACGAAUCAGAGUAAUAGCUAUCCACCAAUGUCAGACCCAUAUAUGCCUAGUUAUUAUGCUCCAUCCAUUGGAUUUCCUUAUUCCCUUGGUGAGGCAGCAUGGUCAACUGCUGGAGACCCACCAAUGCCGUACUUGUAUGGACAGAUGAGCAAUGGAGAACACCACUACAUACCGGAUGGAGUGUUUAGUCAGCCUGGAGCUUUGGGGAACACUCCUCCUUUCCUUAGCCAGCAUGGGUUUAAUUUUUUUCCUGGGAAUGCAGAUUUCUCCACAUGGGGGACUAGUGGAUCUCAGGGACAAUCAACACAAAGUUCUGCAUAUAGCAGCAGCUAUGGAUAUCCUCCUAGUUCCCUUGGUAGAGCCAUCGCUGACGGACAAGCUGGUUUUGGCAGCGAUACUCUGAGCAAAGUGCCGGGCAUUAACAGCAUUGAGCAAGGAAUGACGGGACUGAAAAUCGGUGGAGACAUGACAGCUGCUGUGACAAAAACGGUUGGGUCAGCAUUGACUAGUGCAGGGAUGACUAGUAUAGCUGCAAACAACGUGCCCCCAGUUAGCAGUUCAGCACCGAAGCCAACCUCAUGGGCUGCCAUUGCUCGAAAACCAGCGAAACCUCAGCCUAAACUAAAACCCAAGGGCAAUGUGGGUGUUGGUAGUACUGCAGUUCCUCCUCCGCCUAUAAAACACAACAUUAAUAUUGGAACUUGGGAUGAUAAGGGGGCUGUUGUAAAGGCCCCACUAUCUCAACCAGUUAUGCCACCUCAGCCUGUAAUUCAACAGCCUCAGCCAUUAAAUCAACCUCUACCAAUGGUGCAAAACCAACUGCCUCAACAGCAGCUACAGCAGCAACCACAGCAGCAACAAGGACCUCAGCAGCAGGCCCCAACACAUCAGGUGCAGCAACAGCUUCAAAACCGCUGGGUGGCACCUAGGAACAGGGGAGUGGGCUUCAAUCAGAACAAUGUCUCUGGGAAUGAGAACUUUAGCUUAGGUGUUGUGCCUGUUAGCUCCUCACCUUCUGGUGUUGAGGUUCACCCUGUACUGGAGAAACUGAAGGCCAUAAACAACUAUAAUCCCAAAGACUUUGAUUGGAGUCUGAAAAACGGGCGAGUGUUUAUAAUCAAAAGCUACUCUGAGGAUGACAUUCACCGUUCUAUCAAGUACUCAAUUUGGUGCAGUACUGAACAUGGCAAUAAGCGUUUGGAUGCUGCUUAUCGAUCUUUGAAUGGGAAAGGCCCGCUUUAUUUACUCUUCAGCGUAAAUGGAAGUGGACAUUUUUGUGGAGUUGCAGAAAUGAAGUCUGUAGUGGACUACAAUGCAUAUGCUGGAGUUUGGUCCCAAGACAAAUGGAAGGGAAAGUUUGAAGUCAAAUGGGUCUUUGUGAAAGACGUUCCCAAUAACCAACUGCGACACAUUCGUUUGGAAAACAACGAUAAUAAGCCUGUUACCAACUCAAGGGACACUCAAGAGGUACCCCUAGAAAAAGCCAAGCAAGUUCUUAAAAUUAUUGCAACUUUCAAGCAUACAACCUCUAUCUUUGAUGACUUUGCACAUUAUGAGAAGCGUCAAGAAGAGGAGGAAGCCAUGCGUAGGGAGAGAAAUCGAAACAAACAAUAAUUGUGUGGAGUAAAUCCUCUAAAAACAACACUAAUGAUGCAGACUCUGGAAUUCGCCUACUUUGUUGAAGAACACAUAAUUAAUGCUUUUUAUUUCUGCUUAAGGCAUCAUCUUUGAACACGUUAACAUAAAUUUGACUUUUAUUUUUUAUUUUUUUUCGCAUAAUUGUUUUCAUCAGUGCAUCUGCCGUUUGUAUCUCACCAAACACACCUGAGAACUUUAACUUUGUCAAGCACUUUCUGUCCUGAAGCUUUUACCAGUAUCUGCUGUCUUUUUGUAAUCCAGCAUUCUAGCAAAGACGCAGGAGACUUGUUCUAAACGCAAGGAUCCUUCCCUUGUUUUGGUUUGUUCAAUACUAACAACUAUUAGAAAAUUGGUUAGUCACUGAUGUGAGUUUCACAUGUCUUCUUUUAUUCUAUUUUUUUUAUUGUCUCUUUUUUCUUAGUUUAAAAAUUGAAUCAUGCCAUAUUUAAUUCAGGAGUACACUCUAGUUGUCUAUUAAGAUUAUUAUAGUGGCAUUGAUAUGGCAAACCAAGUUUUAAGACUGCAGAUUUAGUAGAGAUUUAUGUAUCGGCUGUUUUGGUGUAAGAAUGUUUAAAUUCAGCUUUGUGGCCACCUCCCUUUUAAUGCACAUGUAAGCUUCUUUAACAUUGUUUGAUAUAGCAUAGGACUCAUAUCCACAAGCAUGGAUACUUCUGUGUGAUUUGGAAUGUGUUUUUAUUUACCUGCUCUCAGACACAGUGAUUGUCACAUGAAAUUGUUGGUCUUGCCAACCCAGUUUAUCAAUAUACAGGACUCUUUCCAGUGCAGAGACCUGAAUGAGAUGUUGCAUGACACUUUGUUCAUGUCUGCCCCCCCAGCACACCUCUUUUGUGUAUAGUCAGGGGCUGCCGUAGUGGCACUGCGCUCUUCAAUGUACUUGAGAUGUCAAACUAUAUUUUAUGAAUGUAAGAAACUCCCAUUGCUGUGGAGAUAAUACCCUUAGUGCAAAUAUAUCCCAUUUCCCUUAUGUGUCACAAGUAGAGACAGAUGCUGUACACCUACAUCCAUGAUGUUUAAAAAGUAAAUUCAGGGGGGGGGGGGGG